UUGUCCAAUAUACGCCAAAACCCCUCUCCAGUAUCCUAACGCCACUUUGAUAAUAACGUGAAUGAAUUCCAAGAAAUUCAAGAAUCCGCUUGUCUCUUUCUCUCAAUUUUAGCGAUUGAUGGCUACUGGUAUUCCAAUUCAAAGGUUCCCUUGGGCAGAUGAAGCACCCAGUUCAAUUGGGUCAUCCUCAAAUUCAAACAUACCCAAUAGAAAAUGGCGUAGUUGGUUACCUCUCUUCGUUGCCCUUGUGUUUAUAGCAGAGAUUUCUUUUCUGAGUAAAAUUGACAUGGCUGAAAAAGCCAAUCUUGUUAAUUCUUGGGCUGACUCCUUCUAUCAGUUCACAACGUCUUCUCGGUCCACCAUUGAACUGGCUGUUGAUGAGGCCGAAUUGGGUGUUUUGGUUAGUGAGGUCGAUCAAGGUUUAGUACCAGGGGGCUGUGAGGAGUGGUUGGAAAGGGAAGAUUCUGUGGCCUUUUCCAGAGAUUUUGACAAAGAACCAAUUCUUGUUCGUGGCCGUGAACAGACAUUGAACUCCUGUUCGGUGGGAUGUAAGUUUGGAACCAAUUUCGAUAAGAAGUCUGAUGCAGCAUUUCGGCUACCACGACAAGCUGGCAUAGCUAGCGUGCUACAAUCUAUGGAGUCAGCUCAAUACUAUGCUGAGAACAACAUUACUCUGGCACGACGAAGGGGAUAUGAUGUUGUAAUGACAACAAGCCUCUCUUCAGAUGUUCCUGUUGGGUACUUUUCUUGGGCUGAAUAUGAUAUCAUGGCUCCAGUACAACCUAAAACAGAGAAUGCCUUAGCAGCGGCUUUCAUUUCUAAUUGUGGUGCUCGCAACUUCCGCUUGCAAGCUUUAGAAGCCCUUGAAAGGGCAAAUAUCAGAAUUGAUUCUUAUGGAAGUUGUCAUCGUAACAAAGAUGGAAGAGUUGACAAAGUGGAAGCACUGAAGCACUACAAGUUUAGCUUGGCUUUUGAGAAUUCUAAUGAGGAGGAUUAUGUAACUGAAAAAUUCUUUCAGUCUCUUGUAGCUGGAUCAAUCCCAGUGGUGGUUGGUGCUCCAAACAUCCAAGACUUUGCUCCUUCUCCUACUUCAGUCUUGCACAUUAAAGAGCUAAAAGACGCUGCAUCAGUUGCCAAGACUAUGAAGUAUCUUGCUGAAAACCCUAUUGCAUAUAAUGAGUCAUUAAGGUGGAAGUUUGAGGGCCCAUCUGAUGCCUUCAAAGCCCUGGUUGAUAUGGCAGCAGUUCAUUCAUCUUGUCGUUUGUGCAUCUUGUUGGCAACUAGAAUCCGGGAGAAAGAAGAGCGGAGUCCAAAAUUUAUGAAGCGUCCCUGCAAAUGUACCAGAGGGACUGAAACUGUCUAUCAUGUAUAUGUACGUGAAAGGGGGAGGUUUGAGAUGGAUUCCAUUUUCCUAAGGUCAAAUAAUUUAUCGCUACAGGCCUUUGAAUCUGCUGUGCUUGCAAAAUUCAAGUCUGUUAAACAUGUCCCAGUUUGGAAGGAGGAAAGACCUCAAGUACUUCGCGGUGGAGAUGAACUCAAAAUUUAUAAAGUAUAUCCUCUUGGCUUGACACAGAGACAGGCAUUAUACUCCUUCAGAUUCAACGGGGAUACUGAGUUCAAGAAUUACAUCGAAAGCCACCCAUGUGCAAAAUUUGAAGCCAUUUUCGUAUAGUUGAAGUUUAGAAUUUUGCUUGUAUCAGAAUUGCAAGCCAUGGUGUAACUCUCUGUUCUUUGCGUGCGCCGUGUAUUGGUUCUGGAUCUUGCCAUAUGGAUGCAACCAGGGAGAGUCAGGAAGUGAUUGUUACAAAGGGUGAAUCUGAUAUUUGGUGUAAACUUCUCAUCCUUCACAUUUUCAAGCACAAGGAAGGUUAGGAAGGAUCAAAAUUUUCCCUUUUUAUGGGUAUGUCCAUAAAAUAACUUGUGAUUUUUAGUGCGGUGAGGAAUUCGCUAAGCUGAUGGUUUAGCUGAGAGUUGUAGUUUAGUUCAGACUGCAGGUUAGUGUUACAGGUAUUGACAACUUUUAGCAACGGUUAUUUUUCUUUAUAAGAAGUUUAUGAACUUCCAUACUCAUGAAUAUAAGUUUCUAGCUAUGACUAUAGUAGUUUUUGUGUGGUUCA